GCGGACCACCAACCCCUCCUCCUCAUAUCAGCUUCCAGUACAACAGCGCCGCCACCAUCGAGAGAAUCCCCUACAACCUGCAUCUCAUCGUCCCUGGAAACCGCAGCGUCAUCGCGCCCACUGCAGUGGCCAUAGGCCCCUACCACCGUGCCUUACCCCAGCUCUCGGGGAUGCAGGAGGCCAAGGUCGCAGCCGUGGCGGAGUUCUGCCGCGCGGCGGGACAGCCGUUCGCGGCGGUCAGAGGGAAGAUGCUCUCGGUGGCGGGAGCCGCUCGCGGGAGCUACGCCGCCGACGGCACGCUCGUGCACAUGAACGACGGCGAGUUCGCGGAGAUGAUGUUGCUGGACGGAUGCUUCCUGCUGCAGUUCAUGGCUUCCGUGUGCCGACACCGCGACGACGACCCACUCAUCUCGAGAGGUGAGGUGCGGAGAAGCAUCAACGCCAUCGUGCGGGACGUGAUGCUGCUGGAGAACCAGAUCCCGUGGCUUGUGCUGAGCUCCCUCAUGCAGCUGAUGCCGCCGCCCGCCGAGCCUGUCGUCGACAGCUUCCUCGUUCUCAUGGCCUCCGCCUUCCACAUCGUCGGCGACACCAACGAUGCCAGCAGCCAGACCCGCCUGCUUGCCACCGGAGAACUAGACCAGUCGGCGCCGCCACAUCUCCUUGGCCUCUUCCAUCGCCGUCACAUGGAUAUGGGCGCGGUGCGCACCCAGCAGCACCAGAGCGGAAUCCUCCGCGUCCCGGUCCAGCUGGCUUCCCUGUCCAGCACUGCGGUGGAGCUCGCGGAGAUGGGCGUCAAACUUGCCCCCAGUAAGACCAAGACAUUUGGGGACAUGGCCAUGUCCAAGCGCCACUGGCCCCUCGGCCUCUUCGGCGAGCUCUCCCUGGCGCCGCUGGUCUUGAACCGGCUCACCGAGUGCUGGCUCCUGAACAUGGCAGCCUACGAAUCAUGCCAGCCGCAACAGCAAGGCGACGCUACCGACAGCUUCCCUGUGAGCUCCUACGUCACGCUCGUGUCGCUCCUGGUGAACCGGCCGGAGGACGUGCAGGAGAUGCGUGCCAAGGGCCUCGUCGUCAGCGUGUUCGACGACGGAGAAACGCUCGCCUUCUUCAAGGCGCUAGCGCCGCACCUGAGCGUCGGUUGCCGCUACUACGAGGUCUUCCAGUUCCUGCAGGAGUACAGGCAGGAGAGGUGGCUCAGUGGCUGUGGAUCGCCGUCCACAGGUUCUUGUACAACAACAUCAAGACCAUCGCCACUGUCUUCUCCAUCGUCGGCGUGCUCGCGGGACUCUUCAAGACCAUCCUUUCUGUGAAGCAGCCCCAUGGCCCGUAAGACGACCAGCACAUUCAGCGAUCUCUAUUUGUAUCAGCCCAGUAUGCGUAUCCAUAUACGCGUACUAUAUCUACCUCCCUAUUUGGAACAUAGAAUAGAACCAUGCUAUUUUUGUGUUU